AUCAAAUGGAAAUUUCUGCCUCGCGCGCACAACAGGCAUCGAGACAUCAUUUUUCCAGGCAAUUAUCCACGGUUUUUGCGGCCACGUCUAGACGAUGCCUCGUUCGUGUCCGCGUAGCGACGAAGAAACGAAAUGGCAGGUAACGAGGCGCCUGACAUCCGUCGAAGAACUGGCGACCGACGAUAACGGUGCUCCAGAAACGAUAACCAGUUCGAGCCGUCUGGUUCGGCGACCAAUAAGGAUCAUUGACUCCCUGUUAUCGCGCCGCAAUUCCCAGAUGUCUAAUACUCGACGAGAGAAUAUUUUUCGCAAAUAUUUUGACCAAACCGGCCAAGAAUGAGCAAGAUAUCGAAGAUUUCUACCACGUUAUUUCUUGGAAAUAAGCACGGGAUCGACCGAGUUCGAACGAGCCCUGUCCGCUGGCCACUGCCCUAGAACCGUGAUUACGAGCGGUGCAACUCGCGUGGCAACUCCGAGCGUGGAUCGCCAGGACACGUGUGCACGAGAUGAUGGCUGGCUGCUUCGGGUAAAAGAAAUGGGGAGGAAUGAAAUCGAAGAAGAAUCUUCGUGAGUGUGAAGAGGUUUA